AUGCAAAUCGUCAACCUCGCUGCUCUUUCAGUUUUCAUUGCCAGCUCUUUAGCUGCAGACUGCUACGGAACUGAAGGUAUUGCCAGUCGCUUCAUAGAGGGAUACUGGGAUGCGCGACAGAAGAUGUGCAGCAACACAGAAUGCGCCUACCAGCAACCCUGCACGGUCACCACCUGGAAGAAGUACACAGCCAUUGGUAGUAGUACUAUCAAAAUCGAAAUAAGUCGAUGCUACCGAAUCAUUGCAGUCUUGAUGAAGGCGAUACCGGUUCGAUUUAGGACACCAUUUGUAUCAAAACAACAAAUUAUGGACGUUGGCAGCAUUGACGGGCUUUACUGGCUGGUUAUCUUUAACCUACAAGGUCUUAUUCCCUUUACGAUCGAUCUCGAUACCGAGUGCUUGGUUAAAGACCCCAUUCCAAUAACGCCUCUAGGGAUUGCCGCUGUUCUUGGUAAUACGCCCAUGAUGGAAUUGUUGAUAGAACAUGGCGCGCAGGUCAACCUUACUCAACGGACAGAUAUAUUUGUCAGGCCCCCCUUGUAUAAUGCUCUUCUUGCACGUUCUGGAUCGGCAGUCAACUGGCUUCUACAGAACGGUGCAGAUAUGACUUCACGUAGGGGAUUCGAUGACAUGUCACCACUUGAUCUUGUCUACACUUGGUCUCAAGACUAUUCGGAUGUCUUCAUUUCCCAUAUACCAGGCUUGAAUGGAACGAGUGCACAAGUGCUUCAGUUCCUCGUCAGAUCAGGCCGCGCCGAGGAUCUGCGUGACGCAAUCCGAGGAGGCAUGGAUAUCAACCAUCCAUGUGAAAAUGGGAAAAAGGCCCUUGAUUAUGCCUUGGAGAUGGGAAAUGAAGAGAUCUCUGAGCUUCUGAGAAACAAUAAGGCGAUUUCCAAUUUGCAUUGGCCAGCUGAAAAGACGAAGCUUUGUCCAUACCCUAUGAAUCUACACGAACCUAUAGUAAACCCUCUUGUUUCGACCGAAAAGGAAUAUGACCAAGACGCGAUGAUGCCUGACGACGGAACUGACUACCUAAUACUGGAAAUUCCCAUCCAUACCAAGCGCCUGAUUCGGAGCAUCGUUUUUGAGACAAUAACAGCUGCCCGCGGCGAGUGCACAGAGGAUCGGUUUCGUGGGACUUACAUUGGCCCGGACCGCAGUGGACUACGCGUCGCUCUACAAAAUCAAGAUUGGACACAGUAA